AUGAUUGUUAUGCCAACGACGAAUGGUGAUAUGUGUUACGAAUGCAGGGACGAAAUCAACGACCAGUACAUCUUUCGAGUGUGUGGCCGAUCGUUUCAUGCCAAGUGCCUGUACUGCUCCGUCUGCCAGUGUCGGUUGGAUCACCAGCAGACCUGCUACGUGAAGGAGAAUAGCCUGUUCUGCAAGCAGGACUACCUAAGGCGUUUUGGUGCUCGUUGCGGGAAAUGUAACCGCAACAUUCAGUCCAACGACUGGGUCCGUCGGGCCAAGGAGCAAGCGUUCCAUCUGGCCUGCUUUGCCUGCGAUAGCUGUAAGCGUCAGUUGUCCACUGGAGAGGAAUUCGCCCUCCACGAGGGAAGGUUGCUGUGCAAGGCACAUUUCUUGGAACUGUUGGAGGGAGGGGACGAUAAAGAGUAUGACCAUGUUGCUAGAAAUAAAGUCAAACGCGUCCGUACAACUUUUACCGAGGACCAACUGCACGUGCUGCAGGCCAAUUUUGAGGUGGACAGCAACCCAGACGGACAAGAACUCGAGAGAAUAGCUCAGAUAACUGGAUUGAGCAAGCGUGUCACACAGGUUUGGUUUCAAAAUUCUCGAGCAAGACAGAAAAAGACGCAAAUGUGCGGAGCCAAAUCACCAUCGGACAAGAAAGAGACAAAGCCGAACAUAAGUAAUAACAACAGCAGUAAGCACAACAACAACAAUAUCAAUAAGAACGACAUCGAAGUAGAAAAAGUUGUGAUUUCAUCUUGA